GAAAAAAGACCCUAGUUCAUUUCCGGGUUAAGAAUGGGGGGUUAGUGAGUGAAGGUAUUUUGACAUAUCACUUCCGGAGCGUUGUGUUCCGGCGGUGGCCCCGUCCCGGCCCGUCCGCGCCCCCGGAGGGUUGAGUACAUAAGAAAGGGGCAACCAUGGAAAGAGGAGGAAACAUCCAAUUGGAGAUCCCAGAGUAUAGCAACUCUGUUCUCAACCACCUGAAUCAGCUACGGAUGCAAGGCCGUCUUUGUGACAUCGUAGUCAAUGUGCAGGGUCAGUCAUUUCGGGCCCAUAAAGUGGUUCUGGCUGCUAGCUCACCUUACUUCCGUGAUCAUAUGUCUCUUAACGAGAUGAGUGCUGUCUCACUUUCAGUUAUUAAAAAUCCUGGGGUUUUUGAGCAGUUGCUUUCUUUCUGUUAUACGGGGAGGAUCUGCUUGCAGUUGGCUGACAUAAUUAGCUAUCUCACAGCUGCCAGCUUUCUUCAGAUGCAGCAUAUAAUUGAUAAAUGCACACAAAUCUUGGAGGGAAUCCAUCUGAAAAUUAAUUCACCAGAGUCUGAGGAAGAGCUGAGCCAGAGUCGACCUAAGCACACAGAAAGGGGCCAGGAUUCCAAUCGUGUUAGCCAAAGCUUAAGCCGCUCUUUAAGCCCAAGGCACAGCACUCCACGGAAUUCAGCAAGUCGGAGGGGACAGGUAAGCACAGUGCUUGACAUUCGGGAGCUGAGCCCAGCUGAGGAAUCCACCAGCCCACAGCUAGUGGAACAUGGUUCAGAUGCAGAGAGUAGAGAGCCCAUUCUACGUAUCAAUCGAGCAGGGCAAUGGUAUGUAGAGACUGGAUCAGCAGACCGUGGCGAACGAAGUGAUGAUGAAGUUAGGGUAAUGGGGGGACUACGUAUUAAGACAGAAAACAUGGAUGAAUGGUUGGGACCAGAGAACCAACCCUCUGGUGAGGAUGGAAGUAGUGCAGAAGAAGUGACUGCCAUGAUGAUUGAUACAACAGGGCACAGCACUGGUGGACAAGAGAGUUAUAGUUUGGGGUCAUCAAGCACCAAAGUGUCAAGGCCAACAAGCAGUGAAAUAGACAGGUUCAGCCCAUCUGGUAGUGUGGUCACAAUGACGGAGCGGCACAGAGCGAAAAGUGAAUCUCCAAGGAGACAGGAGGAACCAAAACAGCACAGUUCCCAGGGAGAUGAAGGUGGUGCUAUUGGAGUGAGUGGUUAUGUAGAAUAUCUUCGUGAACAAGAGGUUUCGGAGCGCUGGUUUCGUUAUAACCCACGGCUGACUUGUAUCUAUUGCGCCAAGUCUUUUAACCAGAAGGGCAGCCUAGAUCGACAUAUGCGAUUGCACAUGGGUAUAACCCCUUUCGUAUGUCGUAUGUGUGGGAAGAAGUACACACGCAAAGAUCAACUUGAGUACCAUAUCCGGAAGCACACAGGUAAUAAGCCCUUCCACUGCCAUGUGUGCGGAAAAAGUUUUCCCUUCCAGGCCAUCCUCAACCAGCACUUUCGAAAGAACCACCCUGGCUGUGUUCCUCUUGAAGGUCCUCACAGCAUUUCCCCUGAGACCACCACAGUUGUUACCUCUCGGGGUCCUACCGAAGAAGAAUCACCUCCUCACGAAGAAGCAGGUGUGGUGGCCCCUUCAGCAACAGUUGAGGUGGCAUAUGGAGGGGAGACUGCUCAUGGGUCUGUGUCCACCACAGGACCAGACUAAAAAAAAAAAGGACAGAGAGAGGCUAUUUCACUCCCCUUUACCUCAACAGCUGGGGUCGAAAUGAACUAAGCAAAACCUGAAAAGUGUAAUAAUGGUAGAAAGAACCCGUUGCCAAAAUCAUAGACGGAAUAGCUGUUUUAGGUUCCUCUGUGUGCACUUCUUUCUUGAAAAGACAACAAUUAUAUUGUAUGUCAAAGAAAUCCAACUGUAGGGAGAAAAAAAGCUACAGUUUUUUUUUUAAUAACCAUUGUUUUUAUUUCACCUGCAGCAUUUUAACUAUUGGAGAUCAAGGUGUGAUGAUUUUGUGCUGUUUCUAUGAGUUUUCCAUAAUGGUUUCCAGUAUGUUCCCGGAAGAAAAGCAGCACCUUUUUGUUUAAUGCUUAAACCUCCUUUUUUUUUCCCAAAACGUACCAGGGCAAGCAUUGAAUUUCUCUCUUGAUCUGUAUAAAAUGAAGAUGCCGCAGAAUAACAAAAAUCUUUUGCAUUGAU